CUGUGGCUCUCGUUUUUGGUUUUUCAUUGUUCUCAAACACUGCUAAGAAUAGCAAAUGAAUAACUUUCCAUCGAACUCAUCACCAUCACCAACAGCAACAAUUACCAUUUAGCAUCUCAGGGCUCAACCAUGAAUGACACAGUGGACAAGCUGGUCAUCUUUCUAGCAAAGAGAGAUGGCAUAGAUAAGCUUGUCAAGACUUUCCAGUAUGUGUCCAAGCUUGUUCACUGGCAUGUAGAAGCCACCCACCCAGACGCUGCAAUGAGAUUCAAGCAAUGGGAAGUUGCAUCUGGCCUUAGCCGGAAAGCCUUCAGAACUGGCAGGUUUCUCACUGGCUUCAAUGCUCUAAGAAGAGGCCCUGGCGCAACCCCGACGUUAAAGGUCUUAGCUGUUCUUGCUAAUGCAGGAGAAAUGGUCUAUUUCUUUUUUGACCAUUUUCUUUGGUUAUCAAGAAUUGGAACUUUGGAUGCAAAGUUGGCAAGAAGGAUGAGCUUCAUUUCAGCAUUGGGCGAGUCUUUUGGCUACAUAUUUUUCAUUAUAGCUGAUUUUAUUAUAAUGAAAGAAGGGCUAGAAACAGAGAGAAGGCUCUUAAUCUCUUCAAAAGAAGACGGUUCAGAAGAUGCGAAAGAGAGCACGAGGAAGAUCAGAGCAGAGAGGGUGAUGAGGUUGAUGGCAGUAGCAGCUAACGUUGCAGAUUUGAUUAUUGCUCUGGCAGAUAUUGAGCCCAACCCAUUUUGCAACCAUGCUGUUACUCUUGGUAUUAGUGGGUUGGUGUCUGCUUGGGCUGGUUGGUACAGAAACUGGCCCUCGUAGUCAUAGUUCCAAUGCCUAUCAACCAAGUCUUGAAAAUGGGAGCAAAAAAAUCUCACUUGUGUUGUAGUUGCGAUGGAAAUUAUACUCUUUUACGUGAAAAAAUCUUGCAACUAAGUGUUCCAUUUUAUCA